AGACCACUAAUAAAUUUAAAAUAUCUACCGCAGGAGAAUUUUCUUGUCAAAAAUGGCACUUAUUUUCAGCAGAUUUGGGAGUGGAAUUAUGUCGUUUGCAGGGCACAUGAGAUCUUCCAAACAUGCAGCUCUUCGAACUAUAUCCAACUGUUAUAGUUUGCCUGAUACUCACAAGAUGCUACAGAAAACGUGCCGGGAAUUUGCCGAAAAAGAGCUACAACCAGUAGCUGCAAAAUUUGAUAAAGAGCACUUAUUUCCAAAGGAACAAAUCAAAAAGCUUGGUGAGUUAGGUUUGCUAGCAGUCAAUGUUUCUGAAGAUGCAGGUGGUGCUGGAUUGGAUUACUUAGCAUAUGUUAUUGCUAUGGAGGAAAUUAGCCGAGGAUGUGCAUCUUGUGGGUGCAUCAUGAGUGUUCAUAGUUCUUUAUAUCUAGGUGCCAUACAGCAGUUUGGGACGGAAGAACAACAGAAGAAGUAUGUAAACCCAUUUGUCAACGGAGAUAGAAUUGGUUGUUUUGCGUUAAGUGAACCAGGCAAUGGCAGUGAUGCAAGUGCAGCAUCAACUGUUGCUCGAUUAGAUGGAGAUUCUUAUGUACUAAAUGGCACAAAAGCAUGGAUCUCCAAUGGUUAUGAGGCAGAGGCAGCAGUGGUGUUUGCUACUACUGACAAGUCUAAAAAGCAUAAAGGACUAAGUUGCUUCAUAGUGCCUAAGAGUAUUGCUGGAUUCACGUUAGGUAAAAAAGAAGACAAAUUGGGAAUUCGCGGCUCUUCGGCUUGUAACCUCAUCUUUGAAGACUGUCGUAUUCCGAAAGAAAAUCUUCUGGGACAAGAAGGAGAAGGAUUCAAAAUUGCUAUGAUGACUUUGGAUGCUGGAAGAACAGGAAUUGCUAGCCAAGCUCUUGGUAUUGCGCAGGCUGCUCUAGAUUGUGCUAUUCAUUAUGCUGCUCAAAGACAAGCUUUUGGGGCUUCGAUACUCAAGUUGCAAACUAUUCAGAUAAAACUAGCAGACAUGGAAUCAAGAAUUGAAUCAGCUCGAUUGUUGACGUGGAAAGCAGCUAGUUUGAAAGAUGCUGGACAAAAAUAUACAAAAGAAGCUGCAAUGGCAAAACUAGUAGCGUCUGAAGCAGCUACUUUCGUUUCUCAUCAAGCAAUUCAGAUCUUAGGUGGUAUGGGUUAUGUAUCGGACAUGCCUGCUGAACGUUAUUAUCGAGAUGCUCGAAUAACUGAAAUUUAUGAAGGAACUUCUGAGAUUAUGAGAUUGGUGAUUGCCAAUAACCUCAUCAAAGAAUAUGGUCUUUGAACCGACAUAACUAACACCUUUAUUAUCAUCUUACAUUUUUUUAGUAAUUCAUAAUCACAGUGGUCUGUCUUAAUUGAAAUAAAAUGUUUAAUUUAUA